CUGCUGUAGCCUAAUGAAGCCAUCAUCACGACUGCCUGUGUAGUUAUUGUGGAGAAAUGACACAUGCCCAGUGUGUGCGCGUGAACUGGACGGAGCUGCUGCUGACUGGGGCUGCAGCCCAAACACACAACACUUUGUCAACCGUCUUCUUUUAAGAGUAGCCUACAACAGUUCCUCUACACGAAAACGAAUAAAAGUGCCAAAAUGGGAAAUGGUUCUAUGAAGCUGAAUCCUCUCAAGCAGGUCAGUGGCUCGGCCAAAUCCAAAAACAAUGGGGAAACAAGCUCAGUUCCUCAAGUUAGAGUGGAAGAGUUAGAGAGUCAACUGAAGAAGAAGGAUGAAGACUUGAAUGCCAAGGAGCUUCAGAUCAAACAUCUAGAGGAGCAGUUGGCUCAGCAGAGGCAGGCCAUUUCAGAGAUAUCUGAUGCUUUGAGGAACAAGUGUCUCCAACUCAACAAGCUCCAGGAUGUACUGAAGAAUCACGGGGAGUUGGGUCUCCUGCCAUCACCUAUCAAGGAAAAGGUCAGUCAGUGUCUCACAGGCCUGCUCAGAGAUACCCUCAACAGGAGGAAAGGAGCAAAAGCUGGGGUUUCUGCAGAGCCUUCGUCCAGAACGUAUGAUUCCAGCGGUAUACCAAAGUUCUACUUUGAGAGUGCACGGGUCUGGAAAGAGCAAAGUGUAAAGAAGCUCCUCACCGAUGCUUUGAAUAAGAACCAGUAUCUGAGGAGACUGGAAGUGCAACAGGUCAAAGACAUGGUGGAAUGCAUGUAUGAGCGGACGUACCAGCAAGGAGAAUACGUCAUAAAACAAGGAGAGCCGGGAAACCACUUGUUUGUGCUUGCAGAUGGCAAGCUGGAUGUCUAUCAGCACAACAAACUGCUCACAUCAAUAGCUGUCUGGACCACGUUUGGUGAAUUAGCCAUCUUGUACAAUUGCACCAGGACUGCAUCGGUCAAAGCGGCCAGCAAUGUGAAAACAUGGGCCCUCGAUCGAGAAGUCUUUCACAACAUCAUGCGGAUGACUGCCGAGGCUCGACACGAGCAAUACCGCCACUUCCUGAGGAGUGUUUCACUUCUUGCUAGUCUACCUGGGGACAAAUUAACUAAGAUCGUGGACUGCUUAGAGGUGGAGUAUUAUAAUAAAGGAGACUACAUCAUCCGGGAGGGAGAAGAAGGAAACACUUUUUACAUAAUCGCCAAUGGAAAGAUUAAAGUCACACAGUGCACACAGGAUCAUGAAGAGCCUCAGAUCAUCAACACCUUGGGGAAAGGGGAUUAUUUCGGAGAGAAGGCCCUCAUCAGUGAUGAUGUCAGAUCUGCAAAUAUAAUAGCAGAUGAGGAUGGGGUGGAAUGCCUUGUCAUUGAUCGAGAAACCUUCAGCCAAACUGUUGGAACUUUUGAUGAGCUUAAGAAGUACCUCCAGAGCUAUGUCGAGAAUUUAGCACGAGACGAUAAGAAAAGAAAGGCUAAGAGGUCAGGAAGCUGCACCCCACCAACCACACCAGUGUCACAUGAUAUGAUAGAGCUGAAAGAGACAGAGAGCAGCUUUGCAUCCACUAUACCCUUCAGCUGCCUCGAGGUUAUUGCCACGCUGGGAGUUGGGGGCUUUGGCAGAGUUGAAUUGGUGAAAGUGAAGCAUGAGAAUGUGACGUUUGCUCUGAAAUGCAUCAAGAAACGGCACAUCGUGGAUAACAGACAGGAAGAGCACAUCUACUCAGAGAGGAGGAUCUUGCUUGAAACAAACUCUCCUUUUAUUGUAAAAAUGUACUGCACUUUCAAAGACAACAAGUAUGUAUACAUGCUGUUGGAGGCAUGUCUGGGUGGAGAAAUCUGGAGUCUUCUGAGAGACAGGGGGAGUUUUGAUGAGUACACUACCAAGUUCUGUGUGGGCUGUGUAACAGAGGCCUUUGACUACCUACACAACAAUGGCAUCAUAUACAGAGACCUGAAGCCUGAGAAUCUGAUGCUGGACGCAGAUGGUUACGUCAAAUUGGUGGAUUUUGGCUUUGCUAAGAAGCUCAAGUGUGGCCAGAAGACCUGGACGUUCUGUGGGACUCCAGAGUAUGUUGCACCUGAGAUCAUUCUCAAUAAAGGUCACGGUCUCAGUGUGGACUUCUGGUCUCUUGGAAUCCUGAUCUUUGAACUUCUUACAGGAAGCCCCCCCUUUACUGGCUCAGAUCAGAUGAUUAUUUACACAUUCAUUCUGAAAGGAAUUGAGAAGAUGGACUUCCCUAAAAAGAUCACCAAGAGGCCUGGUGACCUUAUCCGAAAGCUGUGCAGACAAAACCCUUCAGAACGACUGGGCAAUCUAAAGAAUGGAAUAACUGAUAUUAAAAAACACAGAUGGUUUACAGGAUUUAGCUGGAGUGGUAUGAAAUCCAGAUGUCUGAUAUCACCACUUAAAAGAGAGGUGAAGGGACCCACUGACCACAGUUACUUUGACAGUUAUCCUCCUGAAGAAGAAAUCCCUCCAGAUGAAAUGUCAGGUUGGGACACCGACUUCUAACUGACCCCUCGAUGCACCCAUGUGCUCAAACAUUGUGAGUCAAACAAAACUCUUCUGCCGUUUUGUCAUCUCCAAAAUGCCAGCCUUUUCCCAAAGGAACCUUAGACCAUGAAGCCGACAGAACCCGUGUACUGUAUGUGUUGCAACAAUGGACUCCUUGACCGAAGGCUGCUGUUAGUGCAGUGGGAGGCACAGCAGAGGAGGAGAGACAUAAGAAAGGGAUUGUUUCAGAAACGAUGUUCAGAUUUACUCAUUCAUUGCGAUUAUAAACUUUGUUGAAUUGACUGAAACUCUGAGAUGUCAGAGCAGGAUCAGUCUGUGAGAAUGAUGUAGCUGGGGCAUCUUAGAGGAGGAUGGUGUGAAACCAUUGGUAAUAUUUACCUUUAGACAUGUGGAACGGUUUGUGGUUUGGCAGGAGGGUGAGAUGUUCCCUGUUUUAGAAGCGUUGGUGAUGUCACGUAUUUGAGCUCCUGGAGGUAAUAACCACCUGUGACUGUGAAUGCCACUGAUGAGGUUUGAAAGGUUAACCUCAGCGGGCGACUGGCACUGCCGUUUGUGCAAGUCCAGCAGAGUUGUGUGAAAAGUAAUAUUUUUAGCAUACUUCAGGUGACUCGAACCUCUGCAUCUGAGCCAGAUAUGUUUGUGCUGAUGUAAUGUUUGCCCCUUGCGUAUUUUAUCCUUGUGAAUAGGAAAAAUGUAUUUCUUUUUUUGUGAGAAUUUAGAUUUUUUUUAGUUACCCUGCAAGAUUAUACAAAGAUAUUGUACAUUAAUUGUAUAUUAAAAUGUUAUCUAAAAUGUAAAAAAAUGAGCAUUUCUUUAUUUUUAAGUUCAGCAGUUAUUGCACAUUAGUAUCUAUUAAAUAACGAACUUUGACAUUUGUGUGGUAACUUUCCAGACCGCAUUGACCCAUUAAGAAAUUUACAUCAUGGAUGUUCCAUGAUGCAACAAUCUCAAUAUAAU